AUGGCAAAUAAUAUCUACGCAUCAUCAAGUAAACUCUCUCAAUCAAGUCAAAGAACUUUGACUUCAUUUUUUUCUCGAACAUCUACAACACCAACUCAAGGGGAAUUGAAGCGGAAACUUAGUUCGUCAGAAUGUGAGGGAGGAGAUUCUGAUCCACCUUCUAAACUUCUGUUCAGUGAUGAAAAUAAAUCGCCUACUACUGGGACAAUAUCACCGUCAACUACAAAUACACCGAAUAUGAAACCUUUAUCACCAAUGAAUAAUCAUUCAUUCAGUUUAAUUGGCAAUACAAAACAUUUAUUCAAAUCUACAGAAUUAGAUAAAUCAGCUGUAAAUAAAAUGUUAGCUGAAUGUCGACGAAGAUUAACUAAUCGAUCCAAUAAAAAUGUAUUAAAUUUAAUUCAAGGUAUAUCAAAUGAAUGGUUUGCUAUAUUAUUGGAACAAAUUGAACAUGAUAAAUUUCAACAAUUAGCUGAUUUUAUUGCUAAAGAACAAAAUAGUGGAGUAACAAUUUAUCCACCUAUUGAACAAAUUUUCACAUGGACUAAAUUAUGCUUACCAACAGAUAUACAUGUUGUAAUCUUAGGACAAGAUCCAUAUCAUGGACCAAGACAAGCACAUGGUUUAGCAUUUUCUGUAUGUCGACCAGUACCAGCACCGCCAAGUCUUAUCAACAUGUACAAAGAAAUUAGUUCAAGUAUGAAUUUGGCAAAUUCUAAUGAUAAUUGGCCACCAAAACAUGGUGAUUUAACUGGAUGGGCUAAACAAGGUGUAUUACUGUUGAAUGCUGUACUGACUGUUCGCUCUUCAACACCUAAUUCGCACAAAGAUAAAGGAUGGGAAUUUCUAACAGAUGCUGCUAUUCGUUAUUUAAAUAAAAAUCGAAAUAAUUUAGUUUUUAUGCUUUGGGGUGCAAGUGCUCAAAAACAAGGCCAAUCAGUUGAUCGUAAACGUCAUUUAGUACUUAAUGCACCGCAUCCAUCACCUUUAUCAGCUAGUCGUGGAUUUUUUGGUUGUGGACACUUUGAAAAAGCAAAUGAAUACUUAAAACAACAUGGCAUUAAACCAAUUGAUUGGACUAAAUUAGAUUAAUUUUCUUUUUCCUUUCUAGAGCUAUUUUUUUUCUAAUCCCCUCUUUUAUCACUUUUUAACAUAAUUCAUCCAUUGAUUCAUUGCAUUUUAUUAUUACUGAAAGAUUUUUAUAUUGUCGCAUUUAAAGUUUCUAGGUAUCUCAUAAAUAAAUUAUUUCUUUUCAA